GCUUAUUCCACCAUAGAAAUUAGUGUAAAAUGAGCAGGAGAAGAAAACACUUACUAUCUGACUCAUCCAAACUGAAUUUAUCUUAUUUACAAGCAAAACUUUUCAAUGAUCACACAGAUUAAAAUUCUUGAAAAAAAUUUAUCUGCAAACAGUGUGAUCAGGAUCUAUUAGUGUCUCCCACUGAAGAUUAUAUUAAACAUGACUUUUUAAUUGUUUUUGAACCAACUGAUACAUCGUCCUAUUGAUGCUAGUUAAAAAAUAGUGCUACUCAUGUUUUAUGAAGAAAAAUGUUGCUUUUAGGUAUGAACGGUUUGUAACUGCACUUGAGGAAGCAAUAAAGGACAUGCUACCAAAUCUUAAAGACAAGGCAAUGAAGACAGUGUUCAUUCUUUUGAAGAGCAAACCGGAACAAGAACGAAAACUGCUUACAGCUCUUGUAAAUAAACUUGGGGAUCCUGACAGGAAAGCAGCAUCUGGGGCUUUGUACCACUUGUCUUGCCUUUUGUCUGCACAUCCUAACAUGACGGCAGUGGUGAUUGAUGAAGUGGAUUCCUUAAUCUUCAGACCAUCUAUUGGACUACGUGCAAAAUAUCAAGCUGUUAAUUUCUUAAGUCAGAUUUUUCUCAGCAAAAAAGGGGAUGGACCUAAAGUUGCUAGACGGUUGAUUGAUAUAUAUUUUGCGCUUUUUAAGGUACUAAUUUCAGAGGCAAAAGAUGGCAAGAGCAGCAAGAAUGAAAAAAAAAGUGGUUUAGAUGCAAAGGGAAAGCGCAAAAGCGGAAAAAGUGGUUCACUGAAAACACUCAAGAAGAAUAAUGAUGAUGAGGCUUCAGAGUCCAAUAUUGAGAUGGAUUCCCGUCUUCUAUCUGUACUGCUUACUGGGGUAAAUAGAGCAUUUCCAUUUGUUGCAAGUGAUGAUGCUGAAAGCAUCAUUGAGGAUCAAACACCUGUACUAUUUAGAUUGGUCCAUUCUAAGAAUUUUAACGUGGGUGUUCAGGCACUGAUGCUGUUAUAUCAGAUAUCUUCUAAGAAUCAGAUUGUUAGUGACCGGUUCUAUCGGGCUCUCUAUGCAAAGUUACUCACUCCUGCUGCAGUGAGUUCAUCAAAGCCUGAAAUGUUCCUUGGGUUAUUGUUCAAAGCAAUGAAGAAUGACUUGAACAUGAAGCGUGUAGCGGCUUUUUCGAAGCGACUUCUGCAGGUUGCACUUCAAAGGCCUCCACAUUAUGCCUGUGGAUGCUUGUUUAUGAUGUCUGAGCUUCUAAAGGCGAAACCACCUUUGUGGGGUACUGUCUUACAAACUGAGACUGUUGACGAUGAUAUAGAGCACUUCAAUGACAUAAUAGAAGAUCCUGAAGAUAUCAUCAUAGAGCAGUCUUCUAAAUUAAUAAAAUCGGGUGCUUCUUCUGUGUCACAAAAUAAUAAAAAACGACAAGAGUACGAGGAUGAUGACUCUGAAGCUGAAACUAGUUUGAAAGGUGUUUCAAAAAUCAAUGCAGUGGGAAAGCAACAGAGCGUUGAUAAUCAACCACUUAAUCCAGGUCCAGGGUUGAUACUUCCUGCAGGCUACAAUCCACGGCAUAGAGAACCAAUUUACUGCAAUGCAGACUGUGCGAGUUGGUGGGAGCUGACAAUAUUGGCUUCUCAUGUGCACCCAUCAGUGGCAACGAUGUCUAGAACUCUGUUAUCAGGUGCAACCAUUGUUUACAAUGGAGAUCCUCUGAAUGAUUUAUCUCUUACUUCAUUUAUCGACAAGUUUAUGGAGAAGAAACCAAAGCCCAAUCGAAAAACUGAAGGUAGCUGGUAUGGUGGCUCCAAAAUUGCACCGGCUAGAAAGAUUGAUGUGAACAGUCAUCUCAUUGGUGAUGAGAUUCUACAGCUAGCAGAAGACGAAGUGGCCCCUGAAGAUGUUGUUUUCCACAGAUUCUACAUGAAUAAAUCAAAGUCAUCCAAGAAGAAGCCUAAGGCGAAAAAAGCUUCAAAUAACGCAGAGGAUGUAGACGAUCUCUUGUUGGAUGCAGACAGCAGCACUGAUGAUGAGGAGAUUGAUAAUAUCAUGGGUUCUGGGAAUCUUCCAGUGGAAAAUGCUGAUGGAGAUUUUGACUAUGAUGAUCUGGACAGAAUUGCAGGUGAGGAUGAUGAGGAAUUGCUUGGAAAUGACAGCGAUGCAGAAUUAGAUCCUUCAGACAAUCGUAGUUCACGUGAAAAUGGCAGUGGCGAUGAAGAUGAUAAUCAUUUCAGCGAUGGCAGUCUUGAUAUUUUAAGUGAUGGUUCCGAAGACAGUGGAGAUAAGCUUCAGGAUUAUGGUAGUGAUGGUUCUGAAGAUGGUGGAGAUAAGCUUCAGGAUUAUGGUAGCGAUGGUUCUGAUGACGUUGACGCUGAUAAUGAUGUUGAUGAUCAUCAUCAUCAUCGUAAAGGAUCUAAGGAAAUCAAAAAAGUUGCCAAGGGAGAGAAGAGAAAGUCACAUGGGAAGUCUCGAGCAUCACCAUUUGCUAGUCUUGAAGAAUAUGAGCACCUUUUAAGCGAAAAAGACGAUAACAGUAAGCAGAAAUCACUUAGGAAGAAAAGGAAGAAACUAUCUAGUUGAGCAUUGAACAAAGACAUACGGGUGUCUUUUCCUUUUACCUUGUUCUUGUAAUUGACACAGGUAUGGUUAUAUUUAAGAUGAUCCAAGUUAAAUACACGGCUAAAGAAAUAAGACGACAAUCAGGGGGAAAGAACAUCUUACAGUUUUAGCGGGGGAUAACAAGAGUGUCUAAAAAACUCACUUCGAAAGGGUGAGACAGUUUUUCUUGGGGGCAGAGUCUGGUUCCCUUGCUCCAAAAGACAAUCUUCAUCUCACUUAGUUUCAGAUUAUCUGUUUGCUUGUGUUGGGAGGUUAAUGGCAGGAAUUACUAUGCCAAUAUGUAUGAAACACCAAAUAUUGUUUGAACUAUUUAUAACAGAUUACCAAUUUUGAACUCA